AGUGGGGCUGGAAGAAAACGAAGGUCCUGCAUGGCAGCUGACAUACCGGGGUCCAGCAGUGGAGCCCCACGGGCAGGCCCGCAGGGAGGUUUGAGGGGAGGGGAGACGGUCCCUGCAAGGACUCCACGGCUUUCCCAGUCGCCCAGAUGCGCUCUCUGGACACCGCCCAUGGAACCACCCUGGGGACACUGCCCCCUGCUCAACGCUCUGACCCCUAACUGCCUGGAGCAAAGGCUUCCUUUAGCUAGGGAACUGGUUUAGCUUUUUCCUGAGCACCUGGCUCCCCACUAAGUGCCGGGGUUGACCUGACAGGGCUGCGAGCAGCCUCUGUAAAUGAAGAUACGCCAGCCUCUUCCUUUGUUAAGUGUGCAAGUGCUGCUCAGAAGGAGAAUGAGGCUGUCCCCAGGGUCAAAGAAAACGAGUGAUUGGUUUUCUUUCCUCAUUUUUGGAAGCCCUGCCUACCACACAGCUGCUCUGGACACCCGGUUCCUCGAUGGACGAAGAGAGCCCGCCGGUGCAGCCCCCAGACCAGAGCUGCUGGGCCAAUCUGCCCGAUGUGUGCCUGCGCCGUGUCUUCUGGUGGCUGGGAGACAGGGACCGGUCCAGAGCUGCCCUGGUCUGCAGGAAGUGGAACCAGAUUAUGUACUCGGCGGACCUGUGGCGUUAUAGGACCAUCACGUUCAGCGGGAGACCUUCCAGGGUGCAUGCUUCUGAAUUCGAGUCAGCUCUUUGGUAUGUCAAGAAAUUUGGUCGUUAUCUGGAACACCUAGAGAUCAAAUUUCUGAACCCCUACAAUGCUGUGUUGACCAAGAAGUUCCAGGUCACCAUGCGGGGCCUCCUGUCGUGUCUGGGCAAGAGUAACAACCGGCUCAAGUCCCUGUCCAUCCAGCACCUGGAGCUGGACCGCCUUGUCUGGAGGAACAGUAUCCGGAGCUCCUUCAUCAAAAGCCUGGGCUUCUUCUUAAAGAAGGUGGGCAAACACCUGGAUUACCUCAACCUCAAGGGGGCCAGGCUGACCGUGGAGCAGGGCUGCGUGGUGCUCACCUCACUGAGCUACUUGCGGAGCGAGAGCGUGGUGUCACAGCUCAACAUCGAAGACUUCUUCAGCCACCACCUCGCUGUCUACAGCAGCCCACAGUUCAACAAGACCAUGGCCACCUUCCGCAGCCUGGUGUCCCUCACGCUCAACUACAACUGCAUCUCCGACGAGCUGCUGGAGAACCUGUGUGAGAACAAUGCUGGCACCCUCUGGACCAUGAACAUCAAGUGCCACAUCCACGACCCCCAUGGGCAGGUCAUCUGGGGCAUGUCCUGGGCCAAGCUGGCCAGGCACGCCUCCAACCUCAAGGUCAACUUCUUCUUCGAGCGAGUCAUGAAGUAUGAGCGCCUGGCACGGAUCCUCUUGCAGGAGAUCCCCAUCCGGAGCAUCAGUCUGAGGAGCUGCUACUUUAGCGACCCAGACUGGUCCAUGAGGCCCACGCUGACAGAUCUCCUGCCCACCUUCCGGAACACUCUGCAGAAACUAACAUUUGAGUUCAAUAACAACCACGAGUCGCUGGACGAGGAGCUGCACCUCCUGGUCUUGUCCUGUCGAAAGCUGUUCUACUUCAAGAUCUGGGCUUUUCUUGACGUCAAGUUUGUGGAGCGGAUCCUGAAGAGUCAGGAGGAAGGGCAGUGCUCCCUGCGCACUCUCAAGGUGAGAAUUUACACAAACCGAUACGAGACAAAUGACGAGGACAGGACGCUGCGCGAGAUCCACAGGAAGUACCGAAAGCUCAUCGAUGCGGAGCUCAACUACUUCGUCAUCGCGUACCCCAUGAUGUAGCCAGUGCUCUCUGGGAGCCCCCUCCUGGUCCCCGGCCCCGCCCCGCCCCUUUCCUCCUGCGGGUCUCUGCCGUUCCUCCCCUCUGACGCCAGCCCCAACCCAGGCCGGGCGCGGGCGAUGGGACUUUAAAGGCUAUCUUUACCAACCACCCGGGGCUGGCCUCUCCUUUGUCAUGGGGCUUUGCUGCUUGAACCCGUCCCAGGGUGCAGGCACAGAGCUGGGAGUCCAGGGCCACACAGGACCCCACCCCAUCCUGACUCCUAACACGUCGUGGGGGUGGGGGGUUGGGGGCAAAUGCCCGGUGUCCCUGGUGACCCACGGGAGCCCACCCCAACCUGCUCCACUCCGCAAUGGAGAUGCACCUGCACAUCCUCCAAGAGAGGGGAAAUUCCUUCUUUUAAAUGCAGCCCCUGGGGCACCUGGGUGGCUCAGGGCGU